AUGAAAUUCUUCGUUGCUAUUUUUGCACUACUGGCCAUGGUAGCUGCACAAGACCUGUACACCAGCAAGUACGAUAACAUAGACGUGGACGAGAUUCUUCGCUCGGACCGUCUCUUCAAAAACUACUUCCAGUGUCUGAUGGAUGAAGGACGUUGCACGCCAGAAGGCAACGAGCUGAAGCGUCUGCUGCCCGAAGCCCUCGAAACCAACUGUGCUAAAUGCAGCGAAGGCCAGCGAAAUGGUGCCAUCAAAGCGUUUGGGUACCUGAAUGCAAAUCGUCCGGAGGAAUGGAAGGCACUGCGAGCAAAGUUUGAUCCAGAAAACAAGUACAUUGAGCAGUACCGCGAAGAGGCCACGAAGAAUGGAAUAAUGCUGUAAGGACACUCCUGUUAUUCAGUCGUGUGUUAGAAUCGACGAACCUCGUUACCUCCGUUAUGUCAUACC